AUGAAAAAUCGCGGCUGUGUCGGACAUAGCAGGUGUCGCAAAGCAGUUUUUGGCCAAUUAAGUACUUUUGUGUUUGAAGUGAAGUUGCUGUUAAACCUGAGUAAUAAUAAAAUUGUGGAAAUUGAGGAUGGAACAUUUGAAGGUGCCUCUUCAGUCAGUGAGUUGCAUCUUACAGCCAAUCAACUCGAUUCUAUAAGAGGCGGGAUGUUUCGGGGUCUUGAUGGAUUACGAACUUUGAUGUUGAGGAAUAAUCGCAUCAAUUGUAUCCACAAUGACAGCUUCACGGGACUGAGUGCCGUGCGCCUGCUCUCACUCUAUGACAACCACAUCGCUACUAUUACACCAGCCGCUUUUGACACCCUGCACUCACUCUCUACUCUCAACCUCCUCGCAAACUCCUUCAACUGUAACUGCCAGCUGGCGUGGCUCGGAGAGUGGCUGAGGAAGAGGAAGAUUGUCAGCGGGAAUCCACGAUGCCAGAAGCCGGACUUUCUGAGAGAGAUCCCCCUGCAGGAUGUGGCUUAUCAGGACUUCCGCUGUGAAGAAGGUUAUGAAGAGAGUAGCUGUGUCCCUCGUCCUCAGUGCCCUGCGGAGUGCACAUGCCUGGAGACUGUUGUCCGCUGUAGCAACAAACACCUGAAAUCUCUGCCGAAAGGCAUCCCAAAGAACGUGACAGAACU